AUGAGAUCGGUUGAAGCAGUUGUAGCCUAUAUAGCGAGAGUCUUGACAGAGGGACUAGCUCCGAAUCAGAUUUUUAAUCUAAGUGAGGAGGAGCGGUGUCAAAUCCUAUGGAGAGGUCUGACGGAAGAGUACCAGUUUCGGCUAGUUUCGCGAUCGGAUCAGACCCUCGCACAGUUUAUCACCGAGGCGAAGCAAUGUGAGCGCCAGAUGCUAGAAGAGAGGACAGGGCCAGCGGCGGUUAGGCGAGACUUCCCAUUUUCUAACACCCGUAUCAGGAGACAUGACACGGAAGCCACUACCUCUCGACAACGACCGAGACUCGAGAUAGAGGCAGCGGACGAGCCUAUAGCCGUUUGGCAAAGAUGGACCUACGUUAGGACCGUUGGUGAGGAAGCUAGUGAUAACCCUCAGUUGGAUCCAGAGGAAGACCCUGAGGAGGAUCCCGAGGAGGAUCCGGAAGAGGAUCCUGAGGAGGAUCCGGAGGAGGAUCUUGAGGAGGAUCUGGAGGAGGAUCCUGAGGAACACUUAGAUGAUGAGGAUUAA